AUGACCGUGUCGGAGGGCGUAUUAUGUGCCCUGUUGGGUCUACUCACCUAUGUUUCUGGCCAGCCAAAAGGUUGUAGCUCCAUUCCAACACUGGCACGCAUGGACUGCCACCCGGAGCCAGCAGCAACCGAGGCAAAUUGCCUGUCACGGGGUUGUUGCUGGGAGAGGCCCAGCAAUCCAGACGUCAAUGCUUGCUACUUCCCGACCGGGUACCCUGCCUACUCUGUGCGAAACACCUCCUCAGAACCCGGACACUAUACCUUCUACCUGCGGAAGCAGGCUCCCAGCAUUCAUAUCGCCAAUGAACUUAGCGAGCUGAGGGUAGAUUUUAUCUACGAGACAGCCAAACGCCUGCGUUUGCGAAUAACUGAUCCAAACGAGGACCGGUGGGAGCCUCCUGUUGAUAUCGACCCACCAACAAACUUCCCUCCGUGGGCUGUUGACUACCGGGUGAGCUACGACCCCAAGAGAUUUGGUUUCAGAGUUUAUAGGAAAGCCGGAGUGAGCGGAGAAGACAAACUGCUAAUCGACUCAACGGGUCUCCUUGCCAGCAGUCUGUUGGCGAGCAACAAAUUCUGGCAGAUUGCCUUUAGAGUUGAUGCUCAACGCGGAUUCGGGCCAGGCGAAAGGAGAAGCGAAUUUCCUCUUCGCUUACAGGCCUGGGAGAGGAUUGCUCUGUGGGCUAGAGACCAGCCACCAGGGGAACAUGCUAACCUUUAUGGUGUGCAUAAUUUCUUUCUCGGUUUGGCCGUCGAUGGGACUGCCUUUGGCAUCUUCUUGCUUAAUUCGAACGCCCAGGAGGUUGUAUUCCAGCCCAUGCCAUCAAUCACUUACCGAACGAUCGGUGGGAUCCUUGACUUCUUCAUUUUCGUGGGCCCACAACCACAAGAUGUCAUCUCGCAGUACCUGGAUCUCAUCGGACGUCCCCCAUUGCCGCCCUACUGGGCUCUCGGAUUCCAUCUCUGCCGCUAUGGCUUCCGCGACCUGGAAGACAUGGAGGCGACAGUGUCCAGGAACAGAGACGCCCGUGUGCCGCUGGAGGUCAUCUGGGCUGAUAUCGACUUUAUGGACAGGUACAAAGACUGGACCACAGAUCCCGUGAGAUUUGCAAACUUUGGAAAGUUUAUAGGGGAAACGAUUCAUAGGCAGAACGACAUGCGUGCUGUGCUCAUAUUCGAUGCGGCCAUUCAUGUGAGUCCGGACCCCAACUAUGAGAUCUACUGGGACGGCCUACGUCGGGGUGUUUACAUUAAUGACAGCCGAACUGGCCGACCAAUCCAGGGGCGUGUGUGGCCAGGCAUCGCGGUUUAUCCAGACUACGCUAAGCAGGAAACAGUUAACUGGGUCUACGACGGUGUCUCCAAGUUCCAUCGCGAUGUUCCUUUCGAUGGGCUCUGGAUCGACAUGAAUGAACCCUCAAGUUUUGAUGACGGUUCCAUCGGCGGUUGCGUCUGGGAUAAUCAACUGGACCACCCACCCUACCAGCCGAGAAUCCUCGGAGAUUUUCUGUACUCCAAAACUAUCUGUCCCUCCGCCCAGCAUGAGAACGGAACCCACUUUGACCUACAUAACCUGUAUGGCUACAUGCAUGCUAGGGCAACAAGGACGGUCCUCCAACGCUUGAUGCCUGGACAGCGUCCGUUCGUGCUUAGCCGGUCAACAUUUGCUGGCUCCGGCCGAUAUACCUUCCACUGGACAGGCGAUAACUUCGCCAGUUGGGCGGACCUCGCCGCCUCCAUUCCGCAAAUGCUCAACUUCAAUAUUUUUGGAAUUCCCAUGGUAGGGGCGGAUAUUUGCGGCUUUAAUGGGAACACGACGGAGGAACUGUGUAUCAGAUGGAGCCAGCUGGGUGCUUUUUACCCCUUCUCAAGGAAUCAUAACGCCGAGAACGCUAAUGAUCAGGAUCCUGCCAGUUGGAGCGGUGACACCGUGGACAUCAUUCGUAAGGCUAUUGAGACCCGCUAUCGCCUGAUACCCUAUCUCUAUACCCUCUUCUACAGAGCUAAAUUAGAUGGCAGUACUGUUGCGCGUGCCUUAGCCCUCGAGUACCCGCAUGACCUGACCUGCCAUUCCAUUGACAAGCAGUUUCUCUGGGGUUCCUGUCUUCUAAUCACGCCCGUAUUACUGGAGGGCGCAAGGGGAGUCUACGGCUACUUGCCGGAAGGAGAGUGGAUCGGGCUGAAUGAUCAUGUACGAUACCAGAGCAAAGGAGAGUGGUUCUAUUUCCAGGCAACGCUAGAGCAGAUCCCUCUGCAUGUGAAGGCCGGCUGCGCACUGCCACUGCAUGUUUCCGCUCAGACGAUCAACCAGGCGCGCGAACACGGAAUUGGUGUAUUGGCUGUCCUUGAGGAGGAGGAUAAUGGCUCUGUGACGAACAGUUCUGCGACCGCCGCAUGGGGUGAGCUCUUCUGGGACGAUGGUAUCAGCGAGACCCAGGCUUAUAGCCAUGUUACCUUCACUGUGGCUGACAGAAAGUUAACCAUACAGCCGAGGGUGGUUCGAUCGCAGCCCGGAGACAAACUCCUGCACCCAGAAAUACCGUUGGCCUUCAUCAAGAUUAUCGGCAUUUCUAAGCGACCGAAAGCAGUAUACUUCAACUCGGAAUCUUGCAUGUUCUCUCAUGACGCCAACACACGAGCACUGCUUGUCGAUGGUCAUUCGGAAGGCCGCUUGAUUACGACAGUCCAGCUUUCCUGGGCUUUUUGA